AUGAAGGGAUUAUCUUAUCUUAAACCAGGAGUUAUCAAACUUCAAGAUAUACCAAAGCCAGAAAUUACCUCACCAACCGAUGUGAUUGGGAAAGUGGUCAUGACCACAAUUUGCGGUUCGGAUCUUCACAUGAUAAAAGGUGAAUUAGAAUUUAUCAACAAACAUGCAGAAGAAACAGGAAGAGGUGUUGUUCUCGGUCACGAGGCAAUAAUUAAGGUUGAGGAAGUUGGCUCCUCAGUUAAGAAUUUCAAAAAAAAUGACGUUUGCAUUAUGUCCUGUACUACAUGCUGUGGAAAGUGUCACUAUUGUAAAGAAGGAUGCCCAGCACACUGUCUCAACUCAAUUGGUAUCUGCGGUUGCUAUCUUGGAAGCAUAAUUGAUGGAGCUCAAGCUGAAUACGUUCGAAUACCUUACGCUGAUUUCUCACUUUACAAGUGUCUAAAAGGUCUUCCUUUAAGCUCAUGCUUGAUGUUGAGUGAUAUCUUGCCAACUUCGUAUGAAUUGGGUGUUUUGAACGGAAAAGUUAAGGAAGGUUCCACGGUCGCAAUCAUUGGUGUCGGCCCAAUUGGUUUAGCAGCUUUGCUUAGUGCAAAGGCCAUGAAACCUGCAUACAUUGUGGCAAUUGACUUGGAUGAUUCUAGAUUGGAAAAGGCCAGGUCACUUGGAGCAGAUUACACGGUCAAUUCAGGAAAGGAGGACGUUGUGAAAUUCAUUCAAGGACUUCCUUCUAUUGAUGGAAGACUUCCUGGAGUCGAUACUGUAAUUGAGUGCGUGGGAAGUCCAGUCACGUUUGAACUCUGUCAAAACAUCGUGGGUGUUAACGGAACUAUUGCUAAUGUGGGAGUUCACGGAAGACCAGCGAAGAUUCUCAUUGACAAAUUAUGGAUUAUGAAUAUCGACAUUACCACUGGUCUAGUCAAUUGCACGUCUACAAAAGAGCUAAUGGAUAGGGUGGCUGAUGGAAAGUUGGAUCCAUCUAAACUUAUUACUCACCACUUCAAACUUUCAGAGAUUGAGGAAGCGUACAAAGUUUUUUCGAAUGCUGCGGAAAGUAAAGCCAUUAAGAUUGUCAUAGAAAACGAUUAUUAA